AUGAAGAACUAUUUGGCCACUCUGAUACUAGCCGUGUGUCUUCUCACCGGCCCUGCCGCGAGCCAAACGGUAUCGAUAAAUGUUGGAGGAAGUGUUAUAACUUUAGCAUCGACUGACCUAUCGACAAUAUUAGCGAUAGUAGCAUCGUUGCAGAGUACUACAACAACAGCAGCUGCUACUACAACGGUGGCUACAACUGCUGCUACGACCACGACAGCAGCUACUACUGCUGCAACGACCACGACUGCAGCAACCACUGCAGCUACUACUGCAGCUACUACUGCAGCAACUACUGCUGCAACCACGGUAGCAACAACUGCAGCUACUACCACAGUUGCAACUACUGCUGCAACUACUACCACAGUUGCAACUACUGCUGCUACAACAGCAGCUACCACUGCAGCCACAACAACAACUGUAGCAACUACUGCCGCAACAACCGCAGCUACAACUGUUGCCACGACUGCUGCUACCACCGCUGCCACAACAACUACAACUGCCGCUCCAACGACCACGACUACAACUGCUGCUGCAACGACUACCACGGCCGCAACAACAACUACAACGGCUGCUCCUAUUUCUGUUACAAUUACUGUGAAUGGAAAUACCAUCACUGUUGUGGGCACAGAUCCUACCGUGGUGUCCUUGCUAACUCAAAUCUUAAACAGCUUGAUCUCUACAACAACUGUUGCUCCAACUACGACCACUACUACCGCUGCCCCAACAACCACCACCACUACUGGUGCUCCAACAACUACCACCACUACUGCUGCUCCAACAACUACCACCACUACUGCUGCUCCAACAACCACCACCACUACUGUUGCCCCAACUACUACUACUACUACCGUUGCCCCAACUACGACCACUACUACCGCUGCCCCAACUACGACCACUACUACUGUGGCAACAACGACUCGUGCUUGUGGUAUUGGAAUCGGUGGUGCAAUAAGCAUCGGAGGACUCGGAAGCAUCGGUGGAGGCAUUGGCAUUGGUUCGAGCGGAAUCGGUGCAGGAGCUGGCAUCAAUCUUGGUACAGGGCUUGGCAGCAUUGGUACAGGAUUCGGAGCAGGAAUUAAUCUAGGAACUGGCAUUGGAAGCAUUGGAACAGGACUUAACACUGGUACUGUGAUCCGUCCGAUUGGAUCACUUCUGGGCACCGGAUUGAACCUGGCAGGUUCAGCAAUCAAUACGGCUGGUAACGUCCUCAAUACUGCAGGAAAUCUAGUUAACACUGCAGGCACCGCCGUAAGGGGAGUCGUAGGAACAGCUACUAACGUACUUGGUGCAGCAACGAACGUGCUUGGCAACGUUGCUACUGGGCUUGUAGGAGGGUUGACUAACGGUCUGCAAGCAGCCACCAAUACUGGUGUGAAUAUUGGAGGAGCUCUUUCAGGAACCAGCGGAAUCCUUGGUAGUCUUACAAAUGGCCUAACAAGUGGGCUUACGAACACUGCUACCAGCGGGCUUACCAAAACCCUUACUGGCGGUCUUACAGGAGGACUUUCAGGUGGGCUAACAGGUGGACUUACAGCUGGCCUUACGAGCGGACUUACGAGUGGUCUGACCGGUGGCUUACGUUUCGGAAUUGCUGGAUAA